AUGGCAAAGGAGGCGGAUAAGGCGAACGACGUGAUGUUACCAUCCAAAAAGGUCACCACUAGCCGUCGCAGUUUAGCCACACCCAUGAAUAAAUUGAUGCGUCGUCUGAGUGGAAUGCCAUCGGAAAGCAGGACUCUUGAGGCGACAAGAAAAACACGAUUGUCAUUUCAAACCUGGAAACGUCGUAAAUCCCUCAGCCAGGAGAGCAGAGAGGAAGGUCGUGGCAGUGGUGGUGAUGGUGGUGGUGGUGGUGAGACAAAACAUGAGCCUCUGGUGAGUUUAUCUCUGAUUUCCAUCAUGCCUACCAAUCAGUCGCCAUUGGUCUUAAAAAGAGCACCCAUUGCCAAGACAGAAGAGGUGAAUCUAUCAAUUGCAAAGAAACCAAAACUUAUCACUACAGCGGCUCGAAGACUGUCCCUCUUGUCGGCUAGACCCAUACGAGGUAAUCACCGCCUCCGAAGUAAAAGAGUGACUGAAAUUGUGUCGCCCUCUGAACGCAUCAAUGCGCGUCACUAUUGCAACGGCAGUGACUCCAAACGAUCACGCAGUGCUCAACUGGAGGAAGGAAACUACCUUCCAACCGACGAUGUCAUCCUCGAUGAAUACUCAUUUGUUAUGCCAAUGGAGGGCAGUGCUAGUGGGUAUCGUAGAACCACAGCAUCCGAAUUACCCAUAUACCCCACUUUGAGGAGUGAAUUCCACGACAGGAACACAGCCACAACGUCAAACCUCUUCCCCGAGCCGCUAACACCAACCAACUUUUCCAAGUCAAAAGAGAUGCUUCUUAGAGUUGGCAAAACGCUGUUUAAUAAGAAUCCGUAUUUAGGGAUAGAUUAUUUAAUAAAACAGGGAAUUCUCUCCACCGAGCCGAAGACAAUAGCCGAGUUCCUCACCAUGGACGGUCUAAGUAGACAAGCAAUUGGAGAAUACUUUGGCAAAUUGUCUGAUCCAUUGGCAGUCAAGGUGACAGAGGCAUUUGUCAGGCAUUUGAAUUUGCAUCAAGUGGAGGUGGAUGUGGCAUUGCGUCGAUUGUUGGAAAAAGUGCAUCCAGAUGGAGAGUCGCAAAAGAUUGAAUUCCUUUUGAAUGUACUCAAGUGUUGCUACAUUGAACAGAAUGCAGAAAAGGUUAGAAGGGAGUUUCGAGAUCCCGAGACUAUUGGCAUUUUGGCCUACUCCAUUAUGCUGCUUCACACCACCUUCUACAAUCGUAGUGCACGCAAAUACAGCAAACCGAUGACAAAAGUCGACUUCAUUAACAACAAUCGUGGCAUUGACAAGGGUGAAGAUGUUGCCACCGCCCUCCUUGAUGGCAUCUACAAUCGGGUGGUGGAGAAUGAAUUUCGCACCCUACCCGAU